CGCCGAGGGGGAGGGCGGAGCUGCCGGCGGCCCGGGCGGGCUGGCAGCUAGAGUGGGUGCGAUAGCCGCCUCCGCCUCUGCCGCCUCCGCCGUCGCCUCCUCCGCCCGGGCCGUUCGCUGCUGCGCGGGGAGAGCGAGGCGGGGCCGCCAGGGCCGCCAUGGAGCCCGACUCGGUGAUUGAGGACAAGACCAUCGAGCUCAUGUUACCGAAGUGCAUGUUUGGGAUUUUGUUGAAGAAAGCUGGAUACAGUAAACGGAAAGAAUCUUGGAAGCUGCUUGACUGCUGUCUUUUCUCAGACUAGUCUGAAAGGGAAUACUUCCCCAUUCAUUCUGGAUUGGUGGAUCUGAAGUACAAAAUAUUGUCCAGAACACUUCAGUUAUGGAGGAUCAAAAUGAAGAUGAGUCCCCAAAGAAAAAUACUCUUUGGCAGAUAAGUAAUGGAACAUCAUCAGUGAUCGUCUCCAGAAAGAGGCCCUCAGAAGGAAACUAUCAAAAAGAAAAAGACUUGUGUAUUAAAUAUUUUGACCAGUGGUCUGAAUCAGAUCAAGUGGAAUUUGUGGAACACCUUAUUUCACGAAUGUGUCAUUACCAGCAUGGACAUAUUAACUCUUACCUGAAGCCCAUGUUGCAGCGGGACUUCAUUACUGCUUUACCAGAGCAAGGCUUAGAUCACAUAGCAGAAAACAUUCUUUCCUACCUGGAUGCCAGGUCUCUGUGUGCAGCAGAGCUGGUGUGUAAAGAAUGGCAGCGAGUGAUCUCCGAAGGCAUGCUGUGGAAGAAGCUGAUCGAACGAAUGGUGCGCACUGACCCUCUAUGGAAGGGACUUUCAGAAAGAAGAGGGUGGGAUCAGUACCUGUUUAAAAACAGACCCACAGAUGGCCCUCCCAAUUCAUUUUAUAGGUCAUUAUACCCAAAGAUUAUCCAGGAUAUAGAGACUAUAGAAUCUAACUGGCGGUGUGGACGACACAACUUGCAGAGGAUUCAGUGCCGCUCUGAAAAUAGUAAAGGUGUCUACUGUUUACAGUAUGAUGAUGAAAAAAUUAUCAGUGGCCUACGAGAUAAUUCUAUUAAGAUUUGGGAUAAAACCAGCUUGGAAUGUUUGAAAGUGUUAACAGGACACACUGGCUCUGUCCUUUGUCUCCAGUAUGAUGAACGUGUCAUUGUGACUGGCUCUUCAGACUCUACAGUGAGAGUCUGGGAUGUGAACACGGGCGAAGUUCUGAACACGUUGAUCCACCACAACGAGGCUGUACUGCACUUACGCUUCAGCAAUGGACUGAUGGUGACCUGUUCUAAGGACCGCUCCAUCGCAGUGUGGGACAUGGCUUCUGCCACCGAUAUCACUUUACGCCGUGUCCUGGUUGGCCACCGUGCUGCUGUCAACGUAGUAGACUUUGACGAUAAGUACAUAGUAUCUGCCUCUGGUGACAGGACCAUCAAAGUCUGGAGCACAAGCACCUGUGAAUUUGUUCGUACUCUGAAUGGGCACAAGCGAGGCAUUGCCUGUCUUCAGUACAGGGAUCGGCUGGUUGUUAGUGGAUCAUCAGAUAAUACCAUCAGGCUAUGGGAUAUUGAAUGUGGUGCCUGUUUGAGAGUCCUAGAGGGACAUGAAGAAUUGGUCCGAUGCAUCCGAUUUGAUAACAAGAGGAUUGUCAGUGGAGCAUAUGAUGGGAAAAUCAAAGUUUGGGACUUGCAAGCAGCUCUCGACCCCCGAGCCCCAGCAAGCACGUUGUGUCUGCGCACACUGGUGGAACAUUCUGGACGUGUGUUUCGGCUACAGUUUGAUGAAUUUCAGAUCAUCAGCAGCUCCCAUGAUGACACAAUUUUGAUUUGGGAUUUCUUAAAUGUGCCUCCCAGUGCCCAGAAUGAGACCCGUUCUCCCUCCAGAACAUACACUUACAUCUCCAGAUAACAGUCUGCACUUUACCCGUUUCAGGGUUUCCUAGUCUUGAACUACUGGCUACAUGGCUACCAAAUGCCUAAGGGAGUUCUUCACAGCUGAGUUACGAAGCUGGAAUUGGUUCUAGAUGCUGGGCAGAUGCAAAGCAGCCUAACUCUUCAAGUACCGACAUUUCUCACCUCCGAUUCCGGCCUCAACUUUGAGAAGGAUACCUUAGCCUCACCGACUUUCAGUAGUCCAGAAGCCCGUCUCCUCCCCCCCAGAGAAAAAAAAACCUAACGCUUCAAAUGUAACUUGUUCAUAUAAAAGGAACGUACAAAUCGACUGUCAAGAGAAGACUUGGCCUCUAAUUUAUAUUGCUUUGCACUUUGGUCCGAUAUUAAGAAACAGCAUCCUUCUUCGGUGAAAUUUGGGUGCCAAACCACCUGCCCAGAAGGUCCGGGCCUUUUCUUUUCAGAAGUUAGCAUCCUCCUUUCGACCGUCCAAGUCAUUACGAAUUCUGACUUGUGUUAGGAACACGGUGGACAAUGGAAACUAUUCUCUGGAUUGUUUGAGUAAUAUUUUUUGGAUCAUCCUUCCUUUCUGUACCACUUUAAUUUAAAAGAACUAUCAGCCAGGUUAUAUUAUCUCCCAGCAGGUAAUAUAGCUCUUUCCUUUUAUUAUUAGCUCUUCUCUGGACCCGCAGCCAUCUCCUGAUAUUUGGUAGAGUAACACCUUUACACGCGUGCUUGCCUCCUAAUUUAAAAUACUGUACCCGCAUGUAGAUAUAAUGUACAUAACAGUUUAACCUCAAGGUUGCUCGAGUCAGGGCCCCGGUGCCUGAGACACUAAUAGCAAGUGUGUUGCUCCUAGCCCCACACCAGGGUUGAUGUGGAUUUACUAGACCCCUUCCUGCAGUAUUCACAUGGUGGAUUUUCUUUUUGUCAUGUCAGUGUGUGCGUGGAGAGUGUGAGUGUGUGUGUGUGUGUGUGUCUGUAUUUUGAUGGGAUUCUUGUUUCUAAAUGUAAUUUCUAAAGUUUAACACAAAAUGUUCUAUUUGUCGUGCAGUAAAUACGAUAGAGAGGUACCUUAACAUUUUUUGGUUGUCCUUUUCCUCAUACGUACUGCUGCGUGCUCAUGUCCACGUCCCAUGGUAUUCAUUUGACUUCACCGUCCCGAGGUCCCGUUCUGUGUGUCGGUAACCCUGGGAAGGGAAGAGCCAGGAGCCCUGCUGACCGCCUCCCCCGGCUCCGGCUCCGGCCACCGUGCGUUCCCGCCCUUGGCGGGUGGGACUGGAGCCCGGGUCCCCCAGCCAGGCUGGCUCAGAGGUCCAGCGUGAGGUGCAUGGAGGGUCCUCCCACGUGGCACGCGGCCUGGUGCCCCUGACUCCCUACCUGUCACCUCUGGGGUCACCUGCUGGCGUGGCCCCUGCGGGCUCUCCUGGCUCCCAAGCACUCCGCAGCCCCAUGUGAAUGGCACCGUCACGCUGGCAUGCACGGAAAGGGCUUUGGCAUCCAGUCGGCACUCCUUUGCCCUUGUUCACUAUUCGGUUCUGAUUUGCCCCUUGCCAUUGUUUCCAAAGAUCAAGGAAUUGUUGCUAACCUUUGAAAGGACCAAUGAGAACCUCCUGUUAAGGAAACCUCUUCUCGCGGAAGCACCCUCUCCCACCGAGGGGAAGGUGCCUGGGCUCUGUUGUGGGGAUCAAUGUGCGCGUCUGUGAUUGCCUCUUGAGUUGGUUUGCUUUUUUUGUUUUCCUUAGUCCUUUAAAAAAAAAAAUCCUUCCCUCCCACAUGUUACUAAAUUAAUUUCUAUUUUUGAGAAGUCGAAUCUCAAAGUGUAAACAAAAAAAUAAUAAAUCUCCAUUAUCAGGUGGCUGUUGUAAGCCCGACAAUAACAGUGGUUGUGCAAGUGACUUGACCACUCUUCCUCUUACAGCUUUAAUACCAGAUUGGUUAGGAGAGCCCAGGGGGCGGGGCGGGGAGGGGGGCGGGAGGAGGCAGUUCUGAACUAAUGGACUUUUUGUUGUUGUUUUGCAUGUUUAAUAUAGAAGUUCUUGUUCCUUGGGAGAUCAUGGCCUUUGAAUAUGCACACAACCUUUGAAUUGUGCCUACUAAAUUAUAGCAGGGGACUCCGGCACCCAAGGAAUUCCGACUUUCUGGGAUUAUAAUAGUAAUUCCCAGCUGUACUCUGGACUUUAUUUUGCUAACCAUAAUUGAGCAACUGUAAAUUACUGCUAUAUUAAUGUUUUAAAGCACUGGGAUAGUCUAACUUGUAAUUAAUUAUGUUUGCCAAUUAUCUGUUUGAAAUAAAUUUGUGUCUGGACAGCUAUUGAAACUGUUAAAUUGUACAGAUAUUAUUCAUGACAGCUUUGUACUGUGGAAUGUGCUUAAUAAAAAACAAAAAGUUUGA